AUUUUUGUGGAUCACCUUAGUGGACAAUGACUUCCAGGAGGCCAAUGACUCGCUCAUUUUCUGGCAAUGGGAGAACAAGCAGCUUUAGUGAGGAGGAGGGCAGCUCUUCUAAUGGCCGUUCAGAAAGCCGCAAUACUUAUCUGUCAAACGUUAGGCCUGAAAACAGCUAUUCAAGGUAUUCUCAAUACAGGCCGUCGAGGAGCACGUUGUGCAGCGUCAUGGCUCAGCUCACAGAGGACAUACAACCAUCAUUUGAGACCACGCUGAAAUCAAAGGCCGUGUCUGAAAACUGUAACGUCAAAUUCACCUGUGUGGUAUCAGGUUACCCUGUUCCAGAACUGAAAUGGUAUAAAGAUGAUAUGGAAAUGGAUCGCUACUGUGGACUUCCUAAAUAUGAAAUUCAUCGCAAUGGCAAAACGCAUACGCUCCAUAUUUACAACUGCACUUUGGACGAUGCAGCUAUCUAUCAGGUCUCAGCCACCAACUGCAAAGGUAUCGUCUCCUGCUCUGGCGUUUUGGAGGUUGGUACCAUGAAUGAGUACAAGAUCCAUCAGCGGUUCUUUGAAAAGCUGAAGCAGAAGGCCGAGAAGAAGAAAAGAGACUUGGAGGAGAAGAAAGAAGGUAAAGAAAAUAUAAAAACAGGAGAACGGAGGAGUAGCCCAGAACAACCUCAGAGAAAACGCUCCGUCCCACCAACGGAGAAGGAAGCACAGGUCAACAAGUCUGUGGCUGUAGAGCAGCCAAAAGGUGCUCUGGCUGCUAAUGCAGUUAACUCAGGAGUGAAAGAUAAAAGGGAUUUGACAUCUAUGAACAGUCCUUUGGAGAAUGAAGCUGCGUCAGAGGAAAUGUUGGCCAAAAAGAGAAUCAAGAUGUCAAACGGUUUAGAUGCUAAUAACAGCAGCAGUAGCAGAAGCCAUAUCACAGGGAACGGAGGUGAAAACUGUUACGAUGGAGGAAUCAGCUUGGCACAGUUUUUGGCAGAGACUCUCCAGUCUCAAGCAGCUGAGGAGACUCAGAUCUCACCUCAAGAAGAAAAACCUCAAGAGAUGGAAACGGCUACGGUAGGCGAUGAUAAAGAAAAAGACACAGAGGAGAUGCAAGACAAGCUGAAAGAGCAUGAAAAAGAGAAGAAACGAGAAGAGGAAUUAGCUGUAGAAAGAGAGAGGGCUAGAGAAAGGCAAUUGGAAGUGAAGCACCCAGCAGCUCAUGGUAAACAGAGUUCAGAAGUCAAACAUCCCGACAAAGCUCAUAAGAAGGAGCACAAGGACCACAUUCAAACAUCCAUCUCCUCUAUGCUGCACACAGUUAAAGACUUCUUCUUUGGGAAGAGUAAGAAAGACUCUCACAGUCACACUGACAGUGAAGACAGAGAUUUUGGUCCCUCAGACUCAACAGCGCAGCCACCUAAGUCAGACAUGCCGCCAUCAUUUCAGCUGCAAGUGGAAGGUAAUAAUCCAGAGGUGUGCAAACUACUCACAGAGGAGACUCAACCUGUGGAUAAAACUCAGGAGCACAUAGAAACUAUGGACAUGGAGCAGCAGUCAGCAUCACUGGAGCCACUUAAACAUAACAGUGAAGACAGGGCUGUGCACACACAUCUCCAACCACAGUGUGUACUGUUUCCUAAAACCAAAGAGGAAUCUGCAGCAAAAAGUAAGGUGGAGAGGGAUGAGGCUGUGGAGGCCAUGGAGGUCUCUAUAGGGCCAGAGAGCAGCAUUGCAGAGGAAGUGACAUCAUCUGAGCUUCAAGUUCACUAUGAGGUGCUUUCACCUCCUGCUGCGGUGGAAGCAUGUGGUGCUGAGAAAGCUCGAGUAAAGGAGGAGACCAAAUGUACCUCACUGAUUCAGGAAAUGAAUGCAGGAUUUCCUCCCACUGAAGUCUCAGGGACGUUAGAGACGGGUGACCUAAAAAUGCAACGUGAACACACUUCUGUAGUUGGGAAAGUAACAACGUUGAACAAUAGUAAAGCAAAGCAGAGUUUAAACACGUCUUUUAAACUCAGCGAGGAGAAGUGUGAAUCAAAAGACACAAUGAAAUCUGCCUUAGAGGAAGAUCUGGAGGUGAAUGUAUUCACAGGUGUAAAAGUACAAGCUUUGAAGAAUGAAGAUGAACAAAAGAGUUUACAAUUAGAGUCGGAGCCUGAAAAGAAGACUUCAGGGAAUGUGGAGGUGUUAGAUGAGUCGAUUGCACUUGAAGUAACACAAAGUAAUGAAAACAAUGCUAGUAAGAAAAGUUGGAGUGAUGAGCAGGGUUCUUGCACGAGUACUAUCCCAAUAAGCCAAAUAUCUACUGCUGAAGACAUGUCAAAUAUCAGACCAUCAAUGACAGAUUUGAGCUCGGUUGAAGAAUUUAUAAUCCCCAAAAUUGAAAUACUGGAGCCUGAGCUUAAAGAAUGCUCUUUGCCUCUAAGCAUUUUGGCACUAAACAAGCCAGAACCACACGAUUUGCAAAAACAUUAUGCAACUGAUGAAUCAAAGGCAAUUCUUCAAGACGAGAGCAAAGCAGAGUUUUCAGGAUCAUUCCCCACACUGAGCGAAAUGCGGAAUAAUGAUGACCUUUUACCUACAGAAAAAGUUGCUCAAGAAAUGCUUGAGCAGCCACAAAGCCAUUUGCUCGCUCAGACGGAAUAUACAGUAAUUCCAGUUAUAAAUGUUUCCUGUACCGAUGACCUGGAGGGUAGCAUCUCCAAUGGUUCGUGUACUGAGCAUGCUUCUGAGACUCUAAGGGAAUCUCUGUUUGUGGUUCCUCCGAUUUCUGUCACUUGUCCUGAAAGCGAUGCAGAGCUUAAGCUGCCCACUCCCAGCGAGACGACAGAAACAGAAACUUCCGCUGGCAUGCAAAGGGGGACAAAGCAGAGUGCUGAGAAUAGCAUGAGCAUGAAGCUCGAAAUGCCUGAAAGAAGUCAAGACUUUGAGGAAAUAGCUGAAAAGAGUACAAAAGAGAACACACCAGCUGCGCUAUGUGAAACUCUGACACCAAAGGUUGGUGAGAAUGUGCCAACACCUAGCAAACCAACAGAAGAAAACACUGUCCCGGAAACCUUGAAGCUGAAAUCAAUCAAAGAUGCCAAGAAUCCUUCAUCUGUUGAAGAUUUCCUAAAAAGCAGACCCUCUGUUGAGAGACUCAGCUCCAAACCCCCAACAUAUCCCUCACUAAGUCCAUCCAGUCUUCGCAAGUUUAUGUCCAAAGCAGCUACGGAUUUGGACAAUGAGACAAUGAACAGUGUUCCUGUAAUCUCUGUGGACGAUCAUCAGAGUGACAAGGCAGAUGAAGAUCUCAGUGGCGGUUCGACGCCAACAUCGUCCCUUUCAUGUGAAAGCAGUCCCCGACUCAAACGCAGAGACAGUCUGACGCUCAUCCGGUCCGCCACACCUGAGGAGUUGGCCUCUGGAGCUCGGCGCAAAAUCUUUCUGCCUAGGAGCAAAGAAGAAAUAGAGGGAGCAUUGGUCGGUGUCCUAGAAGGCAAGAAGGAGAACCCCUAUAAGUCACCCAGCCAGGCUCGCAGAGCAGCACUGCUACAGACGACCACAGGACAAAAAACCCCACCUGUCGAGAGGCGCUCUCCUCUGAUGAGUCGCAGAAAGGCCACCUUGGAGGUGCCAAAGGUUGGAGAUGAGGUUCUUACAGGAGAGCCAGCUGGCACCAAGGAAGAUGAGAAACCAUCUGGAAAGAAAACAGACCCUUUGAAAGCUCCUCAGGUUAUUCGUAAGAUCCGAGGAGAGCCAUUCCCAGACGCUUCCGGACACCUGAAGCUGUGGUGCCAGUUCUUCAAUGUGCUCAGUGACUCCACCAUUAAAUGGUUAAAAGAUGAGGAGGAAAUACUAGAGGUUAAAAGAAGUGGAGGAGAUGAAACCCAAGUAGCGCUGGCCAUUGUUCUUGCAUCCAACCAAGACUGUGCUGUAUACGGCUGUACAAUCAUUAAUGAUUAUGGGAGUGACACAACAGACUACCUGCUCAGCGAAGACAUUCUGUCUGAAAUACUACUAAAAGAUGACUUGGAAGUUGGAGAGGAGAUAGAGAUGACCCCACUGCUGUUCACCAAAGGCCUGGCAGACAGCGGCACCUGGGGGGAAAAGUACUUUGGCCGCAUUUUAACUGAGACGAUGCACGUUGGGGAGGGUUGCACUCACAAAGCAUGCAAGGUGAAGGUGAUCUAUGGACUGGAUCCCAUCUUUGAGUCUGGAAGUACUUGUAUCAUCAAAAUUCGAAACCCCAUUGCCUAUGGGACCAAACAGGAGAGCAACCUUGCAGAGAGAAAUCUUGAUAUUACAAAGCAAGAAUGUAAAGUUCAAAAUAUGAUCCGAGAAUACUGCAAAAUCUUUGCGGCUGAAGCAAGGGUUAAUGAAAACUUCGGCUUUUCAUUGGAAGUGAUUCCUCGAUAUCUGAUUUACCGGCCUGCAAACUCUGUUCCGUAUGCUACAGUGGAGACUGAUCUUACAGGCGACUUUGUGAAAUAUUGCACGAUAGACUCCAAAGGCAAGCUGAUUUCACAAAGUAUUUCAGAGCUGGAGCAGAAAUGCUGCACCUUCCAGCAUUGGAUCCAUCAGUGGACUCACGGCAAUUUACUGGUUACUCAGCUUGAGGGUGUUGAAACAAAGAUUACAAAUGUUAAAGUUGUGACCAAGUCAAAAGGAUACCAAGGACUUACUGAACGUGGUUCCCCUGAAGUAUUUGAUCAGUUCCUGACGCAUCAUCAGUGCAACUACUACUGUGGACUUCUUGGCCUACGCUCACUUAAAAUUGCAGAUGGGCAACAAUCCACCAAGAUAAAAGGCUCCAAAAGCCCCAUGCUCAACCGCAGGACGAGCAUCGGCAGCCCACAGGUUCAGAAAAAAGGACUCAGCCCUCAGAUGUCCAGGAAGGCAAAUACUAGCCCAAAGGUAAAGAGAAAAGUUCAAGAAACAGAGGACAGUAAAUCAGAUGGCAAACCCAAACCUGUAGAAACUCUUUCUGUUCCUGAAAUGAGGUAG